GUAAAAAAUUCAAAAUGACAGCGGCGACGACAAGCUCCGACUCGGAAGGCGAAAUGGAUUUUGAGACGACAAUUGAGACGGGAUUCGGGUAUCAAAUCGAUGGAUUACUGUAUCAGGGAGCCGAGGCGAAAGUUACAAAGUGUAUUUGGUUGGGAAGGCAGGCUAUUAUCAAAGAAAGAUUCUCAAAAGGAUACCGUCACCCAACACUGGACACUCAGCUCAACAAGGCACGCACAAAACAGGAGAUUCGUGGGCUCAAUAAGGCUCGAGAACUCGGAAUCCACGUGCCCGCCGUCUAUUUCAUUGAUAACGAGAAGAAUCAGCUAAUUAUGGAGUUUGUGCCCGGUUCGACGGCAAAAAAUUGGAUUUCUCAACUAAAUCCGGCGGAUUUUGAUGCAAAAACUCGAGAAUUUGGCCAAAUUUUUGGCGAAAAACUGGGAAAAUUGCAUCGCGGAGGCCUAAUUCACGGGGAUUUAACAACGUCGAAUAUUAUUCUACGGGACGAUGAUCUACAGAAAAUGACGUUUAUCGAUUUUGGGCUUUCAUCACAGGGAAAGGUAACCCCAGAAGAAAAGGGUGUGGAUUUGUAUGUACUUGAACGGGCGGUCAUUAGUACCCAUGAUAAAUGCGCGGCACUUAUUGAAGGUCUUAUGGAAGGAUACAAAAAAGCCGACGGGAAACAGUUUGUCGCCGUGGAGAAGAAGCUCAACGAAAUCCGACUUCGUGGCCGAAAACGCGAUAUGAUUGGAUGAUUUUUUGGAAUAUUUGUUGUUAUUAAUUUAAAUUGUUUUGACUCUAUAAAAAUGGUUUUUU